CGCCCGAGCCCGGGUCCGCCUCAGACUGCGGCGCUCGGCGGGGCGAUGUGCGAUUACCAUGGCGAGGAGUCUCUGUCCCGGCGCCUGGCUGAGGAAACCGUGUCACCUCCAGGCUCGGUUCUCAUACAUGCGGAUGAAAUAUCUUUUCUUUUCCUGGUUGGCAGUUUUUGUUGGAAGCUGGAUUAUAUAUGUGCAAUACUCGACCUAUACAGAACUAUGCAGAGGAAAGGACUGUAAGAAAAUCAUAUGUGACAAGUACAAGACUGGAGUAAUUGAUGGGCCUGCGUGCAAUAGCCUUUGUGUUACAGAGACUCUUUACUUUGGAAAAUGCUUGUCCACCAAGCCCAACAAUCAGAUGUACUUAGGGAUUUGGGAUAAUCUGCCAGGCGUUGUGAAAUGUCAGAUGGAACAAGCACUUCAUCUUGACUUUGGAACUGAAUUGGAGCCAAGAAAAGAACUAGUGCUAUUUGAUAAACCAACUAGAGGAACUACUGUACAGAAAUUCAAAGAAAUGGUCUACAGUCUAUUUAAGGCAAAAUUAGGUGACCAAGGAAACCUUUCUGAACUGGUGAACCUCAUCUUGACAGUGGCUGAUGGUGACAAAGACGGCCAAGUUUCUCUAGGAGAAGCGAAGUCAGCGUGGGCCCUUCUCCAGUUGAAUGAAUUUCUUCUCAUGGUGAUACUUCAAGAUAAGGAACAUACUCCCAAACUAAUGGGAUUCUGUGGGGACCUCUAUGUGAUGGAAAGUGUUGAGUAUACCUCUCUUUAUGGAAUAAGCCUUCCGUGGGUCAUUGAACUUUUUAUUCCCUCUGGGUUCAGAAGAAGCAUGGAUCAGUUAUUCACACCAUCAUGGCCUAGAAAGGCUAAAAUUGCCAUAGGACUUCUCGAAUUUGUGGAAGAUGUUUUCCACGGUCCCUAUGGAAACUUUCUCAUGUGUGAUACUAGUGCCAAAAACCUAGGAUAUAAUGAUAAGUAUGAUUUGAAGAUGGUAGACAUGAGGAAAAUCGUGCCAGAGACAAACCUGAAAGAACUUAUCAAGGACCGUCACUGUGAGUCCGACCUGGACUGUGUCUAUGGCACGGAUUGCAGAACUAGCUGUGACCAAAGUACAAUGAAGUGUACUUCAGAGGUAAUCCAACCAAACUUGGCAAAGGCCUGUCAGCUACUUAAAGACUACCUACUGCGUGGUGCUCCCAGCGAAAUUCGUGAAGAAUUGGAAAAGCAGCUUUAUUCUUGUAUUGCUCUCAAAGUCACCGCCAAUCAAAUGGAAAUGGAACAUUCUUUGAUAUUAAAUAACCUAAAAACAUUGUUGUGGAAGAAAAUUUCUUACACAAAUGACUCUUAGUUCACUUGGAGUGUUGCCAGUUUUGAGCAGUUCAAGGAACAGCUUACAAUUCAGAGAUCCCUUCCUUGGGCCAAUGAAGCUUGUGUUAAUACUUGGAGUUAAUGGCAGGAGGUCUACAGGGUGUCAACAUGUCCAAGAUUUCAUUCCUGCCCUUAGAAGCCGUUGUUUCCCAAGUACAUUCACUGUGUCUAUUUUGAUCGACUUUAAAAAAGGAAAAAAAAAAAAAAGCUGUGAAAAGCCUCAUUCCAUAGUGUUUGUAGAUUUGUUAGCCCAAAUACCAUUGCUGGAAACACUUUGCAUUGAAGCUGCUGUUUAAAAAACUAAUGUUUCAGCAUGGUAAAAGUUUGCACAUUAACAAAACUACAAAGGCGGCAAAUUAAAACUAUUCCUUUACAAAACAAUUGGUUAACAGCAUGGUUUAUUGUAUUAUACUUACAUUUUUAACUUUAGUGUGUAGCAGGAAAAUGAGUGGCUUUUAGCCUCAGAAGUGUCCUACUUGGUAAUAUGUAAUUACCAUUAGCAGUGACUGAAAAUGGGUGAGCGCUGUAUUGGUUUAUCAACCAGCCAACGGUCCUUUCAAACAUUUUGGGGUGGGAAUGUAACCAAAUAAAGGCUUACUUGACGUGACACAAGCACCACAAAAAAAAACACUUCUUUUAGGGUCACACAACUAAUCAAGACCCAUACAUGAACUGAUACGGAGAAAGGACUGUUCAAAAUAAGACUGCAGUCAGUCAUGGAAGACUUAAUUUUGCAUUUUCAAACCAUCUCUCUUGUGGGCCAAAGGGCUAUCUCCUGAGACAUGUAAACGUACUCACCCAGUGUUUUCCCAUGUUAAGCUUGAUAAUGCAAUUUGACCUUUUCAUGUUAUUUUCAUGUGUAUUCAGAUUUGGCAUGUACCUUUAACAUCUCCAUGAGACACCUUUUGGAGAAAAUGCCCCAUUAUUUUCUGCUCAAAGUGAAUUUGUGACCAUUAGCUUUCUCGCAACAUUUAAAGCCAUGGAUUAGCACCGGUUGUUUAAGACUGUAUACUCGGAGGUACUCUUUCUUCCCACCAAUCAUCUGGUUGUAAUAAAUGGAUGGAAGAAUUA